UUGAUUUUUAAAUUUUGCAUAUUUUUCUUUUCUUUUUUAAAAGACUGGAAUAGGAUGCAUAGGGAGAAAAAAUUGAAAAAAAAAUUUAUGUUGGCUUUUGUUUACCUGGCGUGUGUGGCAACCAGCUCGCUCCCUCUCUCUGCUUGCUAUCCCUGACCUUUCUUUCUUUUUGCGCCUUUUAAAAAAAAAUAUUAAUUUUCCCCUUCGGUGCAAUGGAGCGUGGGGGUGCGGAGGGGGAAGGGUUUGAGAAUCCACCCAAGCCCGGCCCCUAUUCCCCAGAACACCAAUAAUAACCCCCUUUAAAACAUUUACCUUCCUCCCCUGCUCCUCCUCCUCCCCUCCCCCACCCGCCCCCAACUCACAACUCUGUUGAGUCCAGAAUCUCAGAAUCGAGCGUGGGGCUUGGCCGGGUGCUUCAGAUCAAUGGAUGAGUUCCACCCGUUCAUCGAGGCGCUGCUGCCUCACGUCCGCGCCUUCUCCUACACCUGGUUCAACCUGCAGGCGCGAAAGCGCAAGUACUUCAAGAAGCACGAGAAGCGGAUGUCAAAGGAUGAGGAGCGGGCGGUGAAGGACGAGCUGCUGGGCGAGAAGCCUGAGAUCAAGCAGAAGUGGGCAUCCCGGCUGCUGGCCAAGCUGCGCAAAGACAUCCGGCCCGAGUUCCGUGAGGACUUUGUGCUGACCAUCACGGGCAAGAAGCCCCCAUGCUGCGUGCUGUCCAACCCCGACCAGAAGGGCAAGAUCCGGCGGAUUGACUGCCUGCGCCAGGCCGACAAGGUGUGGCGGCUGGACCUGGUCAUGGUGAUUUUGUUUAAGGGGAUCCCCCUGGAAAGUACUGAUGGGGAGCGGCUCUACAAGUCGCCCCAGUGCUCGAACCCCGGCCUGUGUGUCCAGCCACAUCACAUUGGAGUCACAAUCAAAGAACUGGAUCUUUAUCUGGCUUACUUUGUCCACACUCCGGAAUCCGGACAAUCAGAUAGUUCAAACCAGCAAGGAGAUGCGGACAUCAAACCACUGCCCAACGGGCACCUCAGUUUCCAGGACUGUUUUGUGACUUCCGGGGUCUGGAAUGUGACAGAGCUGGUGAGAGUAUCACAGACCCCUGUUGCGACAGCAUCAGGGCCCAACUUCUCACUGGCGGACCUGGAGAGUCCCAGCUACUACAACAUAAACCAGGUGACCCUGGGGCGGCGGUCCAUCACCUCCCCUCCUUCCACCAGCACCACCAAGCGCCCCAAGUCCAUCGAUGACAGUGAGAUGGAGAGCCCUGUCGACGAUGUGUUCUAUCCUGGCACAGGCCGCUCGCCAGCGGCUGGCAGCAGCCAGUCCAGUGGGUGGCCCAAUGACGUGGACGCAGGCCCGGCUUCUCUAAAGAAGUCAGGAAAGCUGGACUUCUGCAGUGCCCUCUCCUCUCAGGGCAGCUCCCCGCGCAUGGCUUUCACUCACCACCCGCUGCCUGUGCUUGCUGGAGUCAGACCAGGGAGCCCACGGGCCACGGCCUCUGCCCUGCACUUCCCCUCCACAUCCAUCAUCCAGCAGUCGAGUCCGUACUUCACGCACCCUACCAUCCGCUACCACCACCACCACGGCCAGGACUCGCUGAAGGAGUUUGUGCAGUUUGUGUGCUCUGACGGCUCGGGCCAGGCCACUGGACAGCCCAACGGUAGCAGCCAGGGCAAAGUCCCGGGGUCAUUUUUGCUACCACCGCCGCCUCCAGUGGCCAGACCUGUGCCCCUUCCUAUGCCUGAUUCCAAAUCCACCAGCACUGCCCCAGACGGCGCCGCCUUGACUCCUCCAUCACCUUCAUUCUCAACGACAGGCGCCUCCUCUGCCAACCGGUUUGUCAGCAUCGGACCCCGGGACGGCAACUUUCUGAACAUCCCACAGCAGUCUCAGUCCUGGUUCCUCUGAUAAGAUCGACAAACAACAAAAUGAAAAAAAGAGGUUCCU